AUGGCCAUGGCCGCCGCCUCCCCGUUCCUCCUCCUGCAACCUCUAGCCCCCAAGCCCCAUCGUCCUCUCGGUCCCCUACACCCCAGCCUCCUCCGGACCCGCCUCCUCCGCUGCUCGCCCAAUGGUGCGGCGGAGCCGGAACCUCCUAAACCCACCCCACGCCGCGGGCGGAAGAAGGCGUCGGAGCCGGGCUCGUCGCCGCCGAAGGCGAAGGCGACGAGGCGCAAGACCAAGAAGGCGGGGCAGGAGUCGGACUCGGAGGGCGAGGAGGAGCCGGCUGCGAAGCCGAAGGCCCGUCGGACCAAGAAGUCCCCGAGGCAGGAGGCCAAGCAGCAGCAGGGGGAGGAGGAUGCCCAGGCGGAGGAGCCUCGGAGUGCGGCCCGCGAGGAGGACGCGGGAGACGACGGCGGCGACGGGGCGGAUUUGCCGUACGAGUGGCCGCCGCUGGUAUGCUGCUUCGGGGCGCCGCGGUGGGAGUUCGUGCCUACGGUGCGGGUGUCGGACCAGCAGAUGCACCCCGACCAGUACUCCACCUGGCUGCACCUGCAGUGGGAGCCGCCCGAGUUCGCGCGCUCGCCCGGGAGCGCCUCCAGCAACGUCGCCAUCGCGCUCACGCGGCUCGGCGGCCGCGCCGCGGUGCUCGGCAAGGUCGGCGACGACGACUUCGGCCACGAGCUCGUGUACCGCAUGAACCGCGAGCGGGUGCAGACGCGCGCCAUCAGGUUUGACGGCGCCGCGUCCACAGCCAUCGCCCGGAUGAAGGUGGCGUUCCGGGACAGAGAGGACGGCGAGGGCGGGACAUGUCUGGUGGCCGAGACGGUGAAGAGCUCUGCCGAGGACUCGCUGCACAAGGACGAGAUCAAUGCAGAUGUGUUGAAAGAGGCCAAAAUGUUGCAUUUCAAUUCAGAAGUACUGCUGACGCCGUCAAUGCACGGCACACUCUUCAGAACCAUUGAGCUGUCCAAGAAAUUUGGGAGCAAAAUAUUCUUUGAUCUCAAUUUGCCAUUGCCUUUGUGGAGGUCGAGGGACGAGACAAAAGAGUUCAUAAAUAGGGCAUGGAGGGAGGCUGAUAUCAUAGAGGUGUCAAGGGAUGAGCUGGAGUUCCUCCUCGAUCACAAGUAUUACGAACAUAAGCGAGCCACCCCGCCUCAGUAUUAUUUGGAUGGGUUCCAUCUAACAAGGAACUGGCCACAGUACUACCACUAUACCCCUGAAGAAAUUGCUCCGAUUUGGCAUGAUGGAAUAAAACUCUUGCUGGUGACCUAUGGAACACUUCGUAUCCACUACUACACACCCAAGUUUCAUGGCUGUGUGGUUGGAACGGAGGACGCACUCAUAACUCCAACCACAACUGACCGGACGGGUUCUGGUGAUGCUAUUGUUGCUGCUGCUAUUAGGAAGUUGACAACUUGCCCUGAGAUGUAUGAGGACCAGGAUACAUUGGAGAGGGAGCUAAGAUUUGCUGUUGCUGCUGGUAUCAUUUCGCAGUGGACUAUUGGUGCCGUGCGAGGGUUCCCCACUGAAAGUGCUACCCAGAACUUGAAGGAGCAAGUAUAUGUGCCUUCUAUGUGGUGA